CCGACCCGCCCAGCGACCCGCCAGCACCAGCAGCCUGGCCAUGAUAUUGGCUGCGCUCCUCGACCCUCCCGAUGUGUGCGCAGCAUGAUGCGACGGAGCCCCGCCUCGAUGCUGGCAUGAAGCAUCAUGACCACUACGCCCAACGACUUCCCCCAUGGCGGAACUCGCUGCGGAAGCAAUUGAUCCCCAUCGUGCGCUGGGAGACACCCUAUCUCGCACUAUUGCAGCAAUUGCGCACUCCCUCGCUCGACUCGUACUUUGCCUUCACCGCUAACCUGGGCACCCACACCUUCUUCAUGGUCAUGCUGCCCAUCCUGUUCUGGUGCGGAUACACCAAUGUUGGUCGCGCGAUGGUUCAUAUGCUGGCCGGCGGCGUCUUCUGGAGUGGCUUCGUCAAGGAUAUGCUAUGCCUGCCCCGACCCCUCUCCCCGCCUCUGUAUAGAAUCACUAUGUCUGGAUCCGCUGCCCUCGAGUACGGCUUCCCCUCUACCCACUCUACUAAUGCCGUCUCGGUUGCGGUCUAUGCAAUCCAGACGCUCCGGAGCGCCCCCAACCUUCAUCAUCCGAACGUCUCCCUUGGCUUGCAGAUGCUGUUUUACUUCUACGCCGCCUCGAUUGUGUUCGGGAGGCUGUAUUGUGGCAUGCACGGUUUCUUUGAUGUCAUUGUGGGGAGUCUCCUUGGCGCCGCCCUUGCCGUCGUGCAGCUGAUGUAUGGCGAUAUGCUGGACGUCUGGGUUGCCAGCGGUACUUACGUGAAUCCCCUGAUUCUGACCCUAAUCAUCCUGCUCCUCGUCCGCAUCCACCCCGAGCCAGCUGAUGAUUGUCCCUGCUUCGAUGAUAGCAUUGCUUUCGCUGGCGUUGUCAUUGGCUGUCAAAUCGGAGCAUGGCAUUAUCAUCGGUCUGGGUUCGCAAUUGACUACCCAAUACCUUCAACAGUCCCGUUCGACUUGAAGAGCAUGGGUAUUCUUAAAGCGGCUGCCCGUAUUCUCCUUGGUGUCGUCAUUAUAUUCGUGUGGAGAGCAACUAUGAAGCCUACACUGUUCAAGAUUCUUCCCCCUAUAUUUCGUGUGCUUGAGCACGUCCGGCUUAACAUGCCUCGUGUCUUCUUCUUGAGUGCUUCGAAAUACACGAGUAUUCCGACCUUGCGCGGAGAUGAUAAUGUCAUCCCACCUGCAUCAGAACUUCCGCAGAUGCUGAAAAAUCUUGCGCAUCCCCGCAAGAGAUCAGUCUCUGUGGGACCCCAGUCUGCGGCUGAUGCGUACGAGACCCUUGCGUAUCGUAAUAGACGGCGAAGGGAAAGUAUAAACUCCCAAGAUAGCAUAAUUUUGGAAGAGAGCGCCUGGUCCCCCUCCAAGGAGGGAAGCCAGAACGACCCCAAACUGCCUCCAAAGUCGAAAGCCAAUAUACUUCUAGGCGUGGGUCUAUUGCCCACUCCGAUAUCCUCGCGGGUGCAUUCCUACGAGCACAUGAUAGGUACAGGAGCACCGAAGGCAACCUCCAUAACUCCUCCACCAGAGGGUGACGCCGGCUUCGCUGGUGACUUCUCUGGCGUUGAACAGUCUCCCGUCGAGGAAGAAAAUGAGAAACGGGAGAUAUUUAUGAAGUUAGAAAAACCUCGUGCGAGGUACGAUGUUGAAGUUGUUACGAAGCUGAUCGUAUAUGGUGGUAUUGCAUGGUUGGCAGUGGAAGGCAACCCGAUUCUCUUUGAAUUAUGUCAACUGGGCAGAGGCUAAAUAGGCGCCUUUAUGUUCCAGAGCGCUUGGAUUAGAGUAAAUAGGUACCAGUGCAUCUGAUGUGUGCCUGGCGUUGAAUAGCCUGCAGCCAACAAUC